UGAUGGAGAAGAAAGCAGGCGUUCUCGCGGACAUUACCUAGCUAGCUACUGCUCCUCGGAUUAGUGAACAAUGCUUUUCCCACUGAACGUGGCGAAUUUGUGAAAUUAGAGGAGAGACGAGAAAAGCCGCCACUUUGAUUUUACCCGAUUAGAUAAAUAGACGUUGCCUCACAAUUCAAAGAUUUAAGUUCAGACAGCUAGGUUAGCUUUUCAUAUAUCGGGGGUUAUAAGCUUUACAGGAUGUAUUUGCUUAGACGAGGGUUGGCUGGUUAGUUGGCUACCUAACUAAAUAGCAUGCAUUUUACUUUGCACAGAUGAUCUUAUCAGGACAGUUCUAAAUUUUUAUCUGCACAUGUAACCGCAUCUGAUGCACUGAUCUGCAUAUUACCGGGAUGGUUAAUAUACAGAUGUGAGGCUCAUUUGUUUCUUCGGACCGUCAACAUUUUGAUUGAUUACUGGGAUGCAGUAAUCUGUUAUUUGUAUAGAAUAGGGGAUUGGGUGCGCACUGCUCGCUGGACAUGGAUGGUGCGGUGGAAUCGCGCGAAGAGUGGACCUUGCUUCUUUGGACCGGUUUUGCGGUCCUGGUCCCGGUCUUAAUCACACUGUGGUGCAGUUUCCAGCGCCCCAAACGCAAGGUACAACUGAAAGAUCUGUUCCGCAAGAGCAAGCACGGAUGGCACUACACCGACCUCUUCAACAAGCCCACCUACUGCUGCGUGUGCGCGCAGCCAAUCCUGCAGGGCGCCUUCUGCGACUGCUGCGGAGUCUGCGCGGACGAGCAAUGCAUACCGCGAGCGGACAUCACUCUGGCAUGCAAGGAAAUCAUGGCCCCACUCCGAGCAGAUGGUAGUUUUAACCACCACUGGGUGCGGGGUAAUGUCCCCCUCGCCAGUUAUUGCUCCGUCUGCAAGCAGCAGUGUGGGACCCAACCCAAGCUCUGUGACUACAGGUGUGUGUGGUGUCAGGCCACGGUCCAUGACGACUGUAAGAUGGCUCUGAGCAGUGAGGGACAGUGUGAUAUGGGCGAGUUCCAUUCUGUCAUCAUCCCACCCCAGUACCUGCACCAAGUAAACAACCUGAGACGCAGACACCCGGACGAAUACUGCAAGCUUGCAGUAGCAUGUGGGAGUGUCUGGAGCCCCCUGCUGGUCUUGGCCAACACACGCAGUGGAAACAACAUGGGGGAAGUGCUGCUGGGAGAAUUCCGCACCCGUCUCAACCCGGUGCAGGUGUUUGACCUGUCUGACAUCACGCCAGCCAAAGCCCUGCAGCUGUGCACUCUGCUGCCCCCUGGUGGCGCGUGUGUAUUGGUGUGUGGAGGAGAUGGCACGGUCGGCUGGGUACUGGACGCCAUUGAUGCCAUGAAGCUGAAGGGUCAAGAUCAGUUUAUCCCACGUGUCACCAUCCUGCCACUGGGUACGGGAAACGACCUGUCUAACUCUCUGGGCUGGGGCUCGGGUUACGCCGGUGAGAUACCUGUUGAGCAGUUGAUCAGGAACAUCAUGGAGGCAGAGCUGGUAAAGAUGGACAGGUGGAAAGUUCAAGUUGUCUCCAAAGGAAACUACUUCCGUAAACCAAAGGUUUUGUCCAUGAAUAAUUAUUUCUCCGUGGGUCCUGAUGCACUGAUGGCACUCAACUUCCAUGCGCACCGGGAAAAAACACCAUCUUUCUUCUCUAGCCGCAUCAUCAAUAAGGCGGUGUACUUCUUGUAUGGGACCAAAGACUGCCUCGUGCAGGAAUGCAAGGACCUGGACAAACGGGUUGAGCUCGAGCUGGAUGGAGAGCAGGUGGCAUUGCCCAGUCUGGAGGGAAUCAUCGUCUGUAACGUUGGCUACUGGGGUGGAGGCUGCAGACUGUGGGAGGGGAUGGGGGACGAGCCGUACCCUCCGACACGGCUGGAUGAUGGUCUACUGGAGGUGGUCGGUGUGUUUGGCUCUUUUCACUGUGCUCAGAUUCAGGUCAAGCUCGCCAACCCUGUCAGACUUGGCCAGGCACACACUGUCAGACUGGUCCUGAAGAGCUCCCGCAUGCCAAUGCAGGUUGAUGGGGAACCCUGGGCCCAAGGCCCCUGCACCAUCACCAUUACCCACAAAACACAGGCUCUCAUGCUGUACCACAGCGCCGAGCAGACCGACGACGAAGAAUCCAGUGCCUCGGAGGCUGAGGAGCCCUCGGGUAACCGCGGCAACCAUGCCAGCUGUGCCCCCGGCACACUGGCAAAGAGCUCACUGCCUCAGUAAGGCCACUGGGCCACCUGUAACUUCUCUUGCAUCCAACCCAGACAACAGAAUUCUAGCAAGAGCGAAAUGAGCUGCUUCACUGGAUGCAGCUGUUGUCUUUACCAUUAAAAAUGGAAUUCUAGAAUGCCUUCCCACCUAAUCUGUGUUCUGCCUGCAUUUCCUCAGCCAGCCGCAAGGGGUCACCUGUGGCGUCAAAAGCUCAAAAUCCAGUCCUGGAGAGCCACAUAAUGGUGGUCCCAGGCCUUGAUGCAAACUACAAUAUCCACUUCGCCCUGGGUUUCUUUCUCUUCUGUAGCCUAAUGGUAUAUAAGGUGUUCUGUGUAAAGUAGGAAGAGUAGAUCACAGAGUGUACCUUCAACUGUAGCUUUAACUGUAACUUUAACUGUAAUCCUGAAGGUAAAGACCAUGCAGUGUGAAUGAUUAUAUGCACUGAUUCUGCGUGCCAAUACUUCACUAGCUCCCAACAAACCUCCCAGCGAGAGUAUGUUGAGUUCUGCAGUGAAAUAAUUGUAACUGUAAUUUUGUGAUGCCAUAGUAUCUCUC